AUGUCCCCGAUGCUCUGCUCGCAAGGCGUCGUCGUCGCCACCGCCAUGGCCGUCUCCGGCACCGUCAUCCUCCUCGCCCUCCGCCUCCAGAAAUCCAUCCCUGCCGCCGCUCAAUUCUCCCUCAUCCACCAACACCAACACCGCCAGCCACCGAUCGCUCACCGCUCGCAGUCUCUGCGAUCCUGCAUCUCCUCCGACGUGAAGAAGAGCGAGAAGAGCAAGAAGAAGAAGAGCAAGAAGGUCCGCUUCGCGGAGGACGUGGUGGAGCCGAGAGGGAACGGAGACGAGUUCAGAAAACACUGCGAAGCCAUUGCCGCCGCCAAGAUGAACGAACUAACCGCCUCCUCCGCAGCCUCAGCCGCCGCUUCGUCGUCCUCGUCGCAGAAGAGGUGCCGCGAGGGAGGCGACGGUUCUCCGCCGCGGUCGGCGAAGGAGAGGGGAAUGCCGGAGAACAGGCGGGCGCUCUACUCCGGGAUCCUGAGGGAUCGAGGGGUUAAUCGAUUGACUUACUCGUACUGA